UCACCGGCCGUCGGGGUGGCAGCGGCGGCGACCCCGAGGACCCCGGGCACGCCGAGCGCGCGACACUGCUCGCGGCGAGCCCGGGAGUGAUGGCGAGGCCCGCGCUGGCCGCCCGCGGCUGAGGCGCCCCACCCUGCCCCGCCCGGAGCGGCCCGCCCCGCCUGGCCCUGCCCUGCUCCCUGCCGGCUGCAGCCCCGGCGUUUGCUGGUCGGCGCGGGCAGCCGCCCAGGAGAGGUGCGGCCUCCGCACAGGCGGGGGCCGUCGGCGCCGCGGGGCCCGCCAUGGCCGCGUCCGAGCUCUACACAAAGUUCGCCAGGGUUUGGAUACCUGAUCCCGAGGAAGUUUGGAAGUCAGCAGAGUUGCUCAAAGAUUAUAAGCCAGGAGAUAAAGUCCUCCUGCUUCACCUUGAGGAUGGAAAGGAUUUGGAAUAUUGUCUAGAUCCAACGACGAAGGAACUGCCUCACUUAAGAAACCCUGACAUACUUGUGGGUGAAAAUGACCUCACAGCCCUCAGCUAUCUUCACGAGCCUGCUGUACUCCACAAUCUCAGAGUCCGCUUUAUUGAUUCCAAACUUAUUUAUACAUAUUGUGGUAUAGUCCUAGUAGCUAUAAAUCCUUAUGAACAGCUGCCUAUUUAUGGAGAAGAUAUUAUUAAUGCAUAUAGUGGUCAGAACAUGGGUGAUAUGGAUCCACAUAUCUUUGCAGUAGCUGAGGAAGCUUACAAGCAAAUGGCCAGAGAUGAACGAAAUCAGUCCAUCAUUGUAAGUGGAGAGUCUGGGGCAGGAAAAACAGUUUCAGCUAAGUAUGCCAUGCGAUACUUUGCAACUGUAAGUGGUUCCGCCAGUGAAGCCAAUGUUGAGGAAAAGGUGUUGGCAUCCAACCCCAUCAUGGAGUCAAUCGGAAAUGCUAAGACAACCAGGAAUGAUAAUAGCAGCCGUUUUGGGAAGUACAUUGAGAUUGGUUUUGAUAAGAGAUAUCGAAUCAUUGGUGCCAAUAUGAGAACUUACCUUUUAGAGAAAUCCAGAGUGGUGUUCCAGGCAGAAGAGGAGAGAAACUAUCAUAUCUUCUAUCAGCUUUGUGCCUCAGCAAAGUUACCUGAAUUUAAAAUGCUGCGAUUAGGAGACGCAAAUAACUUUCAUUACACGAAGCAAGGUGGCAGUCCUGUGAUUGAAGGAGUAGAUGAUGCCAAGGAGAUGGUACAAACCAGGCAGGCCUGCACUUUGCUAGGAAUUAGUGAAUCUUAUCAGAUGGGAAUUUUCCGAAUACUUGCUGGCAUCCUUCACUUAGGCAAUGUUGGAUUUACGUCUCGAGAUUCAGACAGCUGCACAAUCCCUCCCAAGCAUGAACCUCUCAGCAUCUUCUGUGACCUCAUGGCUGUGGACUUUGAGGAGAUGUGUCACUGGCUCUGCCAUCGGAAGCUGGCUACUGCCACGGAGACAUACAUCAAGCCCAUCUCCAAGCUGCAGGCCACGAAUGCCCGUGAUGCAUUGGCCAAGCACAUCUAUGCCAAGCUCUUUAACUGGAUUGUAGAUCAUGUCAAUCAGGUUCUCCAUUCUGCUGUCAAACAGCACUCUUUUAUCGGCGUGCUGGACAUUUAUGGAUUUGAAACAUUUGAGAUAAAUAGUUUUGAACAGUUCUGCAUAAAUUAUGCAAAUGAAAAACUACAGCAACAAUUCAAUAUGCAUGUCUUCAAAUUAGAACAAGAGGAAUAUAUGAAAGAACAAAUUCCAUGGACACUCAUAGAUUUUUAUGAUAAUCAGCCUUGCAUUAAUCUUAUAGAAUCUAAACUGGGCAUUCUAGAUUUGCUGGAUGAGGAAUGCAAGAUGCCUAAAGGCACAGAUGACACUUGGGCCCAAAAAUUGUACAACACACAUUUGAACAAAUGUGCGCUCUUUGAGAAGCCCCGUCUAUCAAACAAAGCUUUCAUCAUCCAGCAUUUUGCUGACAAAGUGGAAUACCAGUGUGAAGGCUUUCUGGAAAAGAAUAAAGACACUGUUUUUGAAGAACAAAUUAAAGUUCUUAAAUCAAGCAAGUUUAAGAUGCUACCAGAAUUAUUUCAAGAUGAUGAGAAGGCCAUCAGUCCAAGCUCAGCCACCUCUUCAGGGCGCACACUCCUCGCCCGCACUCCUGCAAAGCCCACCAAAGGCAGACCAGGCCAGGCAGCCAAAGAGCACAAGAAAACGGUGGGGCACCAGUUCCGAAACUCCCUUCACCUGCUUAUGGAGACUCUGAAUGCCACUACCCCUCACUACGUGCGCUGUAUUAAGCCUAACGACUUCAAGUUCCCAUUCACGUUUGAUGAGAAGAGGGCAGUACAGCAGCUGAGAGCGUGUGGUGUCCUGGAAACCAUCCGAAUCAGCGCAGCAGGUUUCCCCUCUCGGUGGACUUACCAAGAAUUUUUCAGCCGCUACCGUGUCCUAAUGAAGCAAAAAGAUGUGCUAAGUGAGAGAAAACAAACAUGCAAGAAUGUUUUAGAGAAACUGAUACUGGACAAGGACAAAUACCAGUUUGGGAAGACAAAGAUCUUUUUCCGUGCCGGUCAAGUGGCCUAUCUGGAAAAAUUGAGGGCAGACAAGUUGAGGGCUGCCUGCAUCCGGAUCCAGAAGACGAUCCGAGGGUGGCUGCUGCGGAAGAAGUUCCUGCGCAUGCGCAAGGCUGCCGUCACUGUGCAGAGAUACGUGCGAGGCCACCAGGCCCGAUGUUAUGCUAAGUUCCUGCGCAGAACCAAGGCAGCAACCAUCAUUCAGAAGUACUGGCGCAUGUAUGUAAUCCGCCGGAGGUACAAGAUCAGGCGGACUGCCACAAUCGUCCUUCAGUCUUACCUUCGAGGCUACUUGGCCAGAAAUAGGUAUCGCAAGAUACUCCGUGAGCACAAAGCAGUCAUCAUUCAGAAGUGGGUCCGGGGCUGGCUGGCUCGCACCUACUACAAGAGGAGUAUGCACGCCAUCAUCUACCUUCAGUGCUGCUUCCGGCGGAUGAUGGCCAAGCGCGAGCUGAAGAAGCUCAAGAUCGAGGCCCGCUCCGUGGAGCGCUAUAAAAAGCUCCACAUUGGCAUGGAGAACAAGAUCAUGCAGCUGCAGCGCAAAGUUGAUGAACAGAACAAAGACUACAAAUGCCUCAUGGAGAAACUGACCAAUCUGGAAGGAAUAUACAACUCUGAGACCGAGAAACUACGAAGUGACUUAGAACGUCUUCAACUAAGUGAGGAAGAAGCUAAGAUUGCGACUGGACGUGUCCUCAGUCUGCAGGAAGAAAUUGCCAAGCUCCGGAAAGACCUGGAACAAACUCAGUGUGAGAAAAAAUCCAUUGAAGAAUAUGCUGAUAGAUACAAACAAGAAACUGAGCAGUUGGUAUCAAAUCUGAAGGAAGAAAAUACUUUGCUGAAGCAGGAAAAAGAGGCCCUCAAUCACCUUAUCGUGGAGCAGGCUAAGGAGAUGACAGAGACUAUGGAAAAGAAGUUAAUAGAAGAAACAAAACAACUGGAACUCGAUCUUAAUGAUGAAAGGCUGAGAUAUCAGAACCUUCUGAAUGAGUUCAGUCGCUUGGAAGAACGAUAUGAUGACCUCAAGGAAGAGAUGACUUUGAUGGUUAAUGUGCCUAAGCCUGGACACAAGAGAACAGACUCCACCCACAGCAGCAAUGAGUCCGAAUACACCUUUAGCUCUGAAAUUGCAGAAACUGAAGACAUUCCAUCAAGGACAGAGGAGCCAAGCGAGAAGAAAGUGCCUCUGGACAUGUCAUUGUUCCUCAAGCUCCAGAAGCGGGUCACAGAGCUGGAGCAGGAGAAGCAGGUGAUGCAGGAUGAGCUGGACCGCAAGGAGGAGCAGGUGCUCCGAAGUAAGGCAAAGGAAGAAGAAAGACCACAAAUUAGAGGUGCAGAACUGGAAUAUGAGUCACUCAAGCGUCAAGAACUAGAAUCAGAAAACAAAAAACUGAAAAAUGAGCUGAAUGAGUUACGCAAGGCCCUUAGUGAGAAAAGUGCCCCCGAGGUGACCGCUCCAGGUGCACCAGCCUACCGUGUCCUCAUGGAGCAGCUGACCUCUGUGAGUGAGGAGCUCGAUGUCCGCAAGGAGGAAGUCCUCAUCUUGAGGUCUCAACUGAUGAGCCAGAAAGAGGCCAUCCAACCCAAGAAUAUAAUGACAGAUUCCACAAUACUUUUAGAAGAUGUACAAAAAAUGAAAGAUAAAGGCGAAAUAGCACAAGCAUAUAUCGGUUUGAAAGAAACAAACAGAUCAUCUGCUAUGGAUGGCCAUGAGUUGAAUGAGGAUGGAGAGCUGUUGCUGGUUUAUGAAGGGUUAAAACAAGCCAACAGGCUCCUGGAAUCCCAGCUGCAGUCGCAGAAGAGGAGCCAUGAGAAUGAGGCCGAAGCCCUCCGCGGGGAGAUCCAGAGCCUGAAGGAGGAGAACAACCGGCAGCAGCAGCUGCUGGCCCAGAACCUGCAGCUGCCCCCAGAGGCCCGCAUCGAGGCCAGCCUGCAGCACGAGAUCACCCGGCUCACCAACGAGAACCUGUAUUUUGAGGAAUUAUAUGCAGAUGAUCCUAAGAAGUAUCAGUCAUAUCGGAUUUCACUUUACAAACGGAUGAUUGAUUUGAUGGAACAACUCGAAAAACAAGAUAAGACUGUCCGGAAACUGAAAAAGCAACUGAAAGUAUUUGCCAAAAAAAUUGGUGAACUAGAAGUGGGCCAAAUGGAGAACAUAUCCCCAGGACAGAUCAUUGAUGAGCCCAUUCGUCCAGUCAACAUUCCCAGAAAAGAAAAGGAUUUCCAAGGAAUGCUGGAAUACAAGAAGGAGGAUGAGCAAAAACUUGUUAAGAACUUGAUUCUGGAACUGAAGCCACGUGGUGUAGCAGUCAAUUUGAUUCCAGGGUUACCAGCGUAUAUCCUGUUUAUGUGUGUUCGACACGCUGACUACCUGAAUGAUGAUCAGAAAGUAAGGUCGUUGCUAACAUCAACAAUAAACAGCAUCAAAAAAGUAUUAAAGAAAAGAGGUGAUGAUUUUGAAACUGUCUCCUUCUGGCUUUCUAACACAUGCCGAUUUUUGCACUGUUUGAAGCAGUACAGUGGAGAAGAGGGCUUUAUGAAACACAACACAUCUCGCCAGAAUGAACACUGCCUCACCAAUUUUGACCUGGCUGAGUACCGACAGGUGCUAAGUGACUUGGCCAUUCAGAUCUACCAGCAGCUUGUGCGGGUGUUAGAGAACAUCCUUCAGCCAAUGAUCGUCUCCGGAAUGCUAGAGCAUGAAACCAUUCAGGGUGUGUCUGGCGUGAAGCCCACAGGGCUAAGAAAGCGAACCUCCAGCAUUGCUGAUGAGGGUACCUACACACUGGACUCCAUCCUGCGGCAGCUCAACUCCUUCCACUCAGUCAUGUGUCAGCACGGCAUGGACCCCGAACUGAUCAAGCAGGUGGUCAAGCAGAUGUUCUACAUCGUGGGGGCCGUCACACUGAACAACCUCCUCCUACGGAAGGACAUGUGCUCCUGGAGUAAAGGCAUGCAGAUCAGGUACAAUGUCAGUCAACUAGAAGAAUGGCUGCGUGACAAGAAUCUGAUGAACAGUGGGGCUAAGGAAACCCUGGAACCUCUCAUUCAGGCUGCUCAGCUUUUGCAAGUGAAAAAGAAAACAGAUGAUGAUGCAGAAGCCAUUUGUUCCAUGUGCAAUGCUUUAACUACUGCCCAGAUUGUCAAAGUGUUGAAUUUGUAUACUCCAGUUAAUGAGUUUGAAGAAAGAGUCUCUGUGUCAUUUAUUCGUACUAUACAGAUGCGUUUACGAGACAGGAAAGACUCUCCUCAGCUGCUCAUGGAUGCUAAACACAUCUUUCCUGUCACCUUUCCUUUUAACCCAUCUUCCCUUGCACUAGAAACCAUCCAGAUUCCAGCCAGCCUGGGCCUGGGAUUCAUAUCACGGGUCUGAAAGUGAUAUCAAGGAAAAUAUUGACAAUACAAUACUUGCCUGAAAUAACCCAUUAUUUCAAGUGAGCUACUGAGAACACAUUUUAAAAGAGAUAGUACUUAUUAUCUCCCAAACAAGGGGUUAUUGACUGGAACUCCCCCUAGAAUACUUUUCAUCAUCUUGGAAAGAAAGAUAGGCUCCUUUGUGCUGUGUUACCUUUAUAACAACACUCAUCCUUGAUCAGUUAGGUAUCUGCAGUUGACAUGCAGGUGAAUGAUGGAAGGAAGGAAAAAAAUGUGUCUUCAGCUGCCAGCAUUUAUUUUAAAUCCUUAUCACUGCAUCUAAAUGAUAUCAAAAACCUAAAUUCCAGAUAUGAAUAUGAGCUGUUGUUAGAAAGGUACCAAUAAGGAACCUCCUGUGUGCUAACCAGAAGAAUUGAAAGAAAAAUCACCACUGAGUACAUAUCAUACCAGUUUAGGAAUCAAUUAUGUUGCUACUGUCCAACUGGAACAAAGAAAUAAACUGGCAAUAUGUAAAGUAACUGGCCAAGUAGCUCCCUUCUAUGUGUCACUAUGAUGUAGAGAUUUUAAGAGAAUGUUGGUUUGCUAUAGAGCAUGGAAGUCCAUUUGUACCAUAGUUUACUGAGCAUUUUAAAUUGCUGCUACAUACUAUGUUCUUUAAGAUGUAAGCGAUAUUCAUAUUAGGCACUACAACAAUAAGCUUCUCUUUUAUCAACUCUGUUUACAGUUCAAUCAGGUCAGUUUUAACUGGAUUAUGUGCACAUAGCUACAGAUUCACCUGCACAAGUAGCAGACACUGGGAAGUCAUGUAGUAAUAUGACACAAUGUUUGACAUUUAGGGAUAGGAUUAGGCAAAGUGGCUGUUGUUGAUAUCCUUUAUUCAGGAUGUGUUACAUUGAUGUGCUCAUUAAUUUUCCCCGGGCGCAUAUCACAUCAGGGUACAGUGUUCUGUGAAGUGACCUGUUUUUAGUUAUCAGAUCUGCUUCCUGCAGUGCAUAUUUUCAACCUUGACAGGUUUUCUUUCUUCUUAAUUUAUUAAGAAUUAAUGUCAGUCAAUAUCUAGAGAGGAUUGUGAGAAUAUUCAUGAUUUAGGUCUUGAAAUCUUAAUUAUUUUAUAAAUUAUGCAAAAGAAAGUAUGUAAUAAAUUAUGAUUCCAUUUUUUAGGCUUUGCAACUUCUAUAAAUGUUCUCAGUACCACUAGAUACUUUAAAGAGCAUCAUAUUAGAAAUACAUUGACCUAUAUAAAAAUAUAAGGAGAUUGCUGAAUUUUACAGAGGAUUUGGUUUAAUAAGACCCAGGUUCUAUAUGUUUUCAUUCUGAAAUUCUAAUUAAACAUAGUCUCCAUUUUUCCUACAAAUCUUAUACAAUAAAUGUUUCAGGUUGUGCAAAAGCAAAUUCUUAGCUUUCUUUAGAAACUCUGGUUCUGAAUUACAAUCAUAGAUUUAUAUAAAUUAACUAUUAGAUCUAUAAAAAAAGACAUCUUAUUAAAAUAUGUGCAAUAUUAUAAAUGCAAGUAAAACAUUUUCAAAUCAGUGAUAAAUAUUGCUAUUAAAAGAUAAAUUCUGUCUCUUAACUUAUUUGGGCCUCAACUUCCUCAUUUAUUCAGUGAGGGUGUUAGACAGCUGGUUCUUAAGGUCCCUUCCACAUCUGAAGUUCUCUCCUCACCAUACCUGAACCACAGAGAAGUGAGCUGCAGGUACUCAGUAAGGUUACCCUCUAAUGGAAAGACUAGUGUUUGGUGCCUGUUAAUUUUGAGGGAUUAAUAAAAUGUAAAAUCACAGGUUUGUAUAGCUGUAAUCUUUCUUAAAUGUACAUGAUUUAUGUACACGCUUUUUCAAAGUUAAUGAGUUUAGGUAGUUUUUAUUGAAUUGUGUACUGCUGUAUUCAGUUUGGAUACAUUUAUUCAUUUGCAAAACCAAGAAAAAUACUAACUCAAUCCGAUUCUCUCUAUUUUCCCUGGUUGUCAAUGUGCUUUUCUAUGAACUGUUGAAACCACGUGGUUAGUACUGAAUCUGUCAGAGUCUUAAGAGCAUAGAUGGGACUUGGGUGGGAGAGAUUCUCCAAAAAAUGCCACCGCGGGCUUCCCUGGUGGUGCAGUGGUUGAGAGUCCGCCUGCCGAUGCAGGGGACACGGGUUCGUGCCCUGGUCCGGGAAGAUCCCACAUGCUGCAGAGCGGCUGGAUCCGUGAGCCACGGCCACUGGGCCUACGCGUCCAGAGCCUGUGCUCCGCAACAGGAGAGGCCACAACAGUGAGAGGCCCGUGUACCACAAAAAAAAAAAAAAAAAAAAUUGCCACCGUGAUUGUAGGCUCUCCUCCUCAGACCUAGAAAUCCUCCCGGGCCCUUUCCCAGCUCAGUCCUGUGUAGCAUGUCCUGUACACACCCUGAGUCUUGUCAGGUCUUCAGGAUCACGCUCUAGCUUCCACUGCCACUGCAGCCCUUUAUCUUUCCUUCAGACAGCUCAUAUCCUGAAGCAUGUCUUGUCUGGGCCUUUCUCUCUCUCCUGUCUUCCAUCUUUCUGCUGCAAAGUGCUGGAGCCUCUGUUCCGCACCUGGGCCAGAGUCUCUCCUGUUCAGGGAUGGCCACACAAAGAUUAUGAUAUUUCAGGGCUCCAACUUCCUCCAAGGCCUAUCUAGAACCCCAGAAGCGGAUCUGAAUUAAUUUCUCUUAGUGGUCUGAAGAUCUUUAGUCAUAACAGAAAUAUCUUACAACCAGGGAACCCCAAGUCCUGAUAAGUCAUUCUGUGUCCUACUUCUUGAGGAUGCAGAAAUAUUCUUCUGACUGUGGGUAUCCUUGGCCUCUGAGGACUGCUCCCCUUUCCCUUUGUCCACCCACACUUUCUCACCCAGCUUCAGACACACCUGCACCAGCCCUCCACUCUGCCCACCCACUCAUUAUCUACUCACUCUGUCCCUUCCUUCAGCCACAUCCUGUGUCCCAUCGCCUGUCUACUCACCUGCUCUGACUCUUUUGAAGGCUGUGGGUGAAGGCAGUCCUCAGUUGCCCCACUGGCCUGCCUGGGGGCUUCCCUUCAGGCCAAUCUUUGCAUGAAUUCUUGCUGUUCUCACUUCUCUGCAGUACGAUCUUUAGCAUUAUCACUAAUUUGCUUUUUCAUAAUUCCUCUAUGACAUACAAUAGGAAUUCAAAGAAAGAAUUAUUUGAGAAAGCAGCGGUUCAUUGUUUUAAUAGCCCCUUCUCAAUAGUCUCCUCCCCACUCACUGUACAGAGGAACUCAGCUCACACCUUGGAAAGCAAAGCUGAAAAAUUAGAAGCAGUUUCCCUUCUUGUAGCUUUUCUUAGGUUAAGGCUUUGCUCUGCCUGAGAGUAACUAUAAUGAAGGGGAAAGAUGAGUAUGGGGUAAACUCCAUGAAGUGUAGCUUCAUGAUUCCUUUGGAAGUUGUGAAAAUGCACCUGACACUUCUUUCAUCAAUUGCAAAAGUACAACAAUAUAUAUUCCAAAGCCAACUGAUAGGAGAUUUGGGGAUUUGGGUCAAUUUUUGUCAUUUACUUUAUUAUUUCCUUCAUUUUAAUAGGUAAUUGAGAGUUGUCUCUUUCUGGGUAAGUGAUUAUGUAUAAUAUAGAUCAAAUCUUUUAAUAACAGUGGCGGAGGCCGUGAAAAUAUUUUAUUAGAAUUUCAGUACAGUGAUUGUUGUGAGAAAUGACUUCCCUGGGAACCCUAGGUAAAAGGGCAUCUGGCACCAUCCUGAGAUGUCCUCAUAUUCUCUCUCUCUCUCUCUCUCUCUCUCUCUCUCUCCCUCCCUCUCUCUUUCUUCCACGCACACACAGAGUCUUAAGUAUCUUCAACUGUUUAGAAUAAAACAGAAAGCAAAAUGUCAUGUGUAGCCCUUCAGUUCUCCUGGUGAAAGGUAAUGUAGAGACAGUACCUUGUGUCUGGCUAUGCUUCACUUCAGCCUUUCUCUGUUACCUCAUUGUGUCCUCACAGCAGCCGAGAAGGUAGAAGGGCAGGUACUACAGUCCUUAGCUGAUGAUAAUUUGAGAGAGAGAUAAGGGCAGUGACUUGCCUGAAGUCACUCAGCCCUCCAGCUGUGCUGUCUUCCCAUAUGCAGCAGUGGCACUGAGGGCACAUGCGGGGCAGCAGACUUUAGAGAGUCCUGAAGUUCCAUUCUGUUCCCCCUGGUACCUGUGGGGUGCCCCAGUCCAGCAAGAGGUGCUCCUUUUCCUUAUCAGAGUUGGCAACUGGCAUAUGGGAGGUGAGGACAUGAUGAGUACCAAGUUCUUGGUGCUAAUCAGAUGGGGCGCCUUGUGGUUUCCUCUUUGCUGUAGUUCCCUGCUAUAACUAGGUUUGGCUUUUGUAAUGAAUCAGUGCCCCCCUGGAGGGUACAGUACUCUUGUUUUGGUCAUUAAUUAGUAGCAAGCACUCCCAGCCUGACAAGAAGCGGUGAGAGCCUCCCAAAAGGAAAGAGGAAGGUCGCUCUCAACAGACAGCCCUCAGAGUCACGGUCAGAGCCACCAGGUGAGCUGUGCAGCCUGCAGAGAGCCUGCAGAGAACCUGCAGCUGCAGGCCAAGCCCCUGGGUCCCUUCUGAGGGCUGUCUCCCAGGCAGGCCAUACAUAAGUCAGUGUGUAUUUGAACAUGACGGUGUGUGCAUGCUUCCAGUGUUGGCUUUGGAGCCAAGAGGUGUGCUGUGUGCAUGUGUGUUAGAGAGGCUCUGUGUAUGGGUAAGUGCAUUGUGAUUUCUUCUCAGGCUGUGCUGUGAGGGCCGCCUUAACCCCUGCUCCCUUCCCUCCUCGAGCUGCCUUAAGUUCUCUGGAACUUCUCCUCUGUAAGGGGAUGUCUUGCCUGGAAAGGAUAUCCUGCCCUGUUUCUCAAGGUGUUGUGAGGGUUUGGGUGGGUGUGGCCUCCUUUCUUCCUUCGUUCCCUUUCUGCAUGACCCUCCCCUCUUGUUACUUCUCCUUCCUUUCUUUUCUCUCAUUUCCAAACAGGUAUUAGAACUGUGAGGCAGCAGCGAUCUCAGAUCCAAUGAAAUGUGGUCUGAGACAGUGUUUCCUGAGGUUAGGGGGCUCUGUGUUACAACUAAGCAAAUGAAUAUAUGGAAGAAGUAUAGAGAGAAGUUAGAUUCUUGGUAAUAUUUAAAUGGCUUGUUUUCCACUGAACUGACCUAUGCUUAGUAAAGCUAAAAGGUAUAACUGAAAAUCUUCCAUGGACAUUCAUUAAAAAAAUUUUUGAGAACCCUUUACCCAUAUCAAAGAUGGAGUGAAAAUAGGAAAGAGUGCUAUAAAUUCUAAUUCAUUGUGUUCAGUAUUACCCUAAAUCAAGUGAACCUGAGGUUACAGUAGAUUUCUCAAUAGAUCAGGAACUGAAAAGCACUAUGUAAAAUAUCUGCCAAAAUGCAUUUUAUACAUUUUUUUUAAAUUUUAUAAUUUGGUCUAGCUAAAAUGUUCAUUAGCUCAAUUUAAUGGGUGUUAUUAGAUUCAUUAAGAUGUCUGAAAAUGAUUAACAUUUCCUUAGUAUUGUAAUGUUUCUUGAAAUAGUUGAAAGAAAAAUGUUUUUUGAGUUGAAUCUGGUAUGUACAAUUCAAUGCUUGGUCGGUCAGUACAUUUUCAUGGCAUUUUUCAGAGUCAGUAGUUUUAAAUAUCUUAUUGUCAUUAUAUGUUAUAAAAACUUGGUCAACAUUUCAGGCUGUCUACAUCACUUGAGCCAUUUAAUUUUAUCCAACAUAUGCUGAAUUUUUCCUUUAAAUGUGGGUAUGUGUGUUAUAAUUUAUGAUUCCUAGUUAUGUAUUUUUGUGGAACGCUGGAGUUAGGUUGAUUUUCAUGUGUCCUUGGAAAAUUUAAAUUGCUCUAACAGUGUUGCACAGAAAUGAGCUUAUGACAUUUAAUAUAUUGUAUUUUGAUUCCUAACUUUAAUUGUUAACUUACUGUGAAAUGGAUAUGCCUUUUAACUACAAUGACAUUGGACAUUGCAGUUUUUCAAAUGUUUUCCCUUGUUGGAUCUGGAAAAGAAAUUCUACUCUGAUCUACAUAGAAAAAUAUGAUAUAGUUAAUGUUUGAAAAGUUCUUAGGUAAAAUAUUCAUCCAUUAAAAAGCAAAAGUACUGAGAAGUGAAA